CUGAACACAUUUCCCAGAAUCCUUUGCGGUAAAACAUGUGACGCAUUUAACCUGCGACUUAAGUGCGUUGUUCGGUGCAGUGCGUUAGUUUUUCGUUGCAUGUUGGCUGAUAUUCGUACUCUUUAUUGAAGUGAGAAGAAAAGAGCCGCUCUGGAAAUAUGUCUCUGGCAGACGAAUUGCUUGCCGACUUGGAGGAGGCAGGAGAAGAAGAGGACGGGCUGUAUCCCGGUGGAGAAGGGGGUGAGAGUGAUGGGGAACCCGGGGAGAAUCAAGCCGAUGGGGGUCUGGAGGACAUACCGGAGGAGAUGGAGGUGGAUUACAGUGGGACGGAGAGUGUCACAUCCAUCGCAAAACUAAGACACAGCAAGCCAUUUGCUGAAAUCAUGGAUAAAAUCGAUCAUUAUGUUGGAAAUCAACGCAAAAAUUCAGAAGUGUCUGGACCGGUUGAAUCAGACCCAGAGUACAGACUCAUUGUCGCUGCCAACAAUCUCACAGUGGAAAUUGACAAUGAACUUAGUAUCAUUCACAAGUUUGUUCGUGACAAGUACUCCAAAAGGUUUCCUGAGCUGGAGUCUUUGGUGCCAAAUGCACUAGACUAUAUCAGAACUGUUAAGGAGCUGGGCAACAAUCUAGAGAAAUGCAAAAAUAAUGAGACCCUCCAGCAGAUCCUGACUAAUGCUACUAUCAUGGUGGUCAGUGUUACAGCCUCAACCACACAAGGAACAAUGCUUGGUGAUGAUGAGCUUCAGCGACUGGAGGAGGCAUGUGACAUGGCCCUUGAGCUCAACCAAUCAAAACACAGGAUCUAUGACUAUGUGGAAUCCAGGAUGUCAUUUAUUGCUCCAAAUCUUUCAAUUAUUGUCGGAGCUUCAACUGCUGCCAAAAUUAUGGGUGUUGCUGGUGGUCUGACUAACCUGUCCAAGAUGCCUGCGUGUAAUCUGAUGUUGCUGGGAGCUCAGCGGAAGACGCUGUCUGGAUUCAGCAGCACAUCCCUGCUGCCCCACACAGGCUACAUCUACCACUGUGACGUAGUGCAGUCUCUGCCUCCAGAUCUGAGAAGAAAAGCAGCUCGUCUGGUUUCAGCUAAAUGCACUCUGGCUGCCCGUGUGGACAGUUUUCACGAGAGCACGGUUGGCAAGGUUGGCUAUGACUUGAAGGAAGAGAUCGAGCGAAAGUUUGAUAAAUGGCAGGAGCCCCCACCAGUCAAGCAGGUGAAGCCUCUUCCAGCUCCCCUAGAUGGACAAAGGAAGAAGAGAGGAGGAAGAAGGUAUCGUAAGAUGAAAGAGAGGCUGGGUCUGACGGAAAUCAGGAAGCAUGCCAACAGAAUGACAUUUGCAGAGAUUGAAGAUGAUGCUUAUCAGGAGGAUCUGGGCUUCAGUCUCGGUCAGCUGGGAAAGUCUGGCAGCGGCAGGGUCAGACAAGCUCAGGUCAACGACUCCACCAAGGCCAGAAUAUCCAAAUCCUUACAGCGGACACUGCAGAAGCAGAGCAUGACGUACGGUGGCAAGUCCACUGUCAGAGACCGAUCAUCUGGAACCAGCUCCAGCGUGGCUUUCACCCCUUUACAGGGGCUGGAGAUUGUGAACCCACAGGCUGCAGAGAAGAAGGUGGCUGAAGCCAAUCAGAAAUAUUUCUCCAACAUGGCCGAGUUCCUCAAGGUCAAGCGCGAGAAGGAGGAUAAAGUGUGAGGAGGUGUGUCAGACGAAGGAAACCAUAUACAUUAAUAGCCAUGGCUGGAUUCACACUUCAACUGUUAAUUUAUACUCUGUCACACACCCACUCAGACGGACUUGUGUGGGAAUGGUGACAUGAGGACAGCACAAGGACACAUGACUGGAGAUCCUCUUUCUGUUGAGGAGAUGAAGAGGGAGAGCAACAUAUUCUAGAUUUUGUUUUUUGUUCAUUUUUAUGUUUUUAAAUGUGUACUAAGGAAUUGUGUGUUGUCUGUAUGUAUAAUAGAACAGUAAAUGCAAGUUUUUCUUUUCAGCAUUUGUUUUUUUCAAUUUCAACUACUUUGGACAUCACUUUGAUUUGAAGAAAGUUUCUUAUCUAGUUGCA